CUAUCACAAGGAGAAGAGUCAUGUCAAGGAUUACUGUUCGCCACUAGAACAGAUUCGUUGGUGGAGAAUCAUUUGCGACGAAGGUCACUGCUUGCGUCAUSCCUCUUCAAUGCGUUCGAAAGCAGUUCGUUCUCUUGUUUCUGAUCACAAAUGGAUUGUAUCAGGUACGUUUUCAUUCGGCAAUAACCCAUUCUUCUACGAAGCUGUUUUUAAUCUCGAUGUCUUCCUCUUGAUCUCUUUCAACUUUUACAAAGGAACACCUAUGAACACUAGUCCCGACGACUUAAAAAACCAGCUCAAAUUUCUUGGAUUCGAAAAUGUUCAAAAAAGUUUCGAUGAAUUGCGUCAUAGUGUAGACAAAAAGAGGUUCAACAUGGAUCUUCUUACCUACUUUCUUCGUCCAAUCAUGAUCCACCAUAACCAAGAGCAAAMAUAUCGCGGAACAUCAACUACUCUKAUGUCCUUGCCUCCAAAGGUACGCCGUUUGUAGCAAGUCUGCACCAAAUCUAUAACGUCUUUCUUCUCUCUCACGCACCAAUAACCAUUUCUUGCUUCAUAUUCUAGACUGAGAAGAGGAAACUCAUYCGUCUUACCMCUGAAGAAAAGAAAGAAUUACAAGAGAUCGAGAAAAAAACGCAAGAAUGGUACCUAMAAUUUCGCUCRAUUCAUUUUAAAACCAUGUCAAAGCACUUCUUGAAGAUUUCUUCCCGACUUACUCCGAUGCGCAUUGCCUGCUCAGGAGGGGAAUAUCCUAUCUUCUCGGAAAGUGAACACGUGGGUGCUGACGCGGAUGACCACGAAAAUGUGGAAURCAACAAUUCCAAKAAUAMUGCGUCCGGAGAUAWAGUGCGCUCAAAAUUUGUGUUUCAGAGCAAGUUCAAAUAUUUGCUUUCCGAACUCGAAGAAAUAAAAGCCAACGAGCGUGAUUGUAAGUUCAUCGCGGUYGUCAUCAAGAUAUUUGUGUGUGUCAGGUGUCGCAUAGAUUGUUCUCAUCUAYCCCAAAUUGUUUGUCAUCAGCCAAAUCACUUGUAUUYUCCCAGUUUUCAUCUACCCUGGAGUGGCUGAAAAUUGARCUUCCGAAGCAUGGAUUCCAAUUUAGAACGCUUUCUGGUGACAUGAGUAUGCAGAAGCGUGCAAAGGCUCUGGCCGACUUUCAGAACGACCCACCUACCACGAUUUUUCUACUUAGUAUGAGGUUAGUUCCAUUGAGACGGACGUAGUCCGAGGGUUCAUAGUAAACAUMAAAUUCUCAGAUGGUGCUCUUCUCACUUUCUAAAUAAAUUGUAUUCUCGCCAUUCAAAUUACACAGAGCCGGCGCAGUUGGAAUCAACCUUACACAAGCAA